GCUAACCUUAAUGCAGUGCAAUGCAAAGCAAGCCGAGAAGCGCUCCGUUGAAAAGGCCGCCAUCCAAGCCCGAGACAACGGCUCGGAAGCCACCACCGCCUGCUACGGUCGCUUAGCCGCGUGCAAGCGCAAGGGCACGCCCGUCGCCGAGUGCUACAGCACCCUCACCAGCUGCGUCCAGGACGUCUACCAGAAGUUCUUCGCGUAAAGAGCCAUUUUCGGCGACGUCUUGUCCUGGCAACCCGUUGCGCCCUUCUAGGGGACGUUGAGUGUGUGUACGCACGCCCUCACGGGUGAUCCAAG